UGCUCAUCAUCCUUCGAAUUCACCCCCCCCCCAAAAAAAAGCAAAAGAACACUCUUCGUUUUCAUUUUUCUCGGUUAUCUUUUCCUUGUUAUCGUCGCCGGCGGUUGUUCACCGGAGAAACGAAGCGGUUUACCGGAGGGAAUGAUGGAGUUAGUGACCAGUGAUGAUGUUCGCGUGAAUUUCAAAGGCAAUAACGUUACGUCCUCGUCCCGUCGCGUAUUUCGGGAACUUUAACCGUAUCUGAUAAAAGGAAAAACCCUUAAGCAAAAGGGACUUUACUUAGCAGAGUUUUGAAGUUAUUCCAUACUUUUGUCUGGCAAAUUAAUAGUAUUUAAUAAUCAAGCUUAAGAGUCUCGAGUCUUGGUAAACCGCAUUGAUUUUUGGCCCUUCCAAAAGAAAAAUUAUAUAUUAUUGCGAAUUUCUGUGUCGAUUGCGUUUGUUGAUCUCAUUACGGAGCGAUAUGUUUUCCAGUUAUCAAAGCGAAGAAUCAGCGUUAGUUUGAAAAGAAGCUACUGUGGUUAAGGGUGGAAGCGAUUGUUUUUUUUUUUUUGGUUUUUUAUUUUGGAAAAGCUGAGAAAUAUGCCUUUCCCAAUGAAGAUCCAACCGAUCGAUUUCAACACGGAGGAGGUGGCGCCUCCGCGGUUGGAAACAGUGAAGCCGGUGAUGAAAUCGCGGUUCAAGCGGCUGUUUGAGCGGCAGUUCCCUAGCGUUUUGAGGAAUUCCGCGGCGGAUAAGGUCGCUGCUCCUGCUGCCGUCGCCGCCGCCGAUGAGCUGCCUUUUAACAAGGAAUGCACCGGGGAGUUCGAACCGAGCUCCGUUUGCUUGGCGAAGAUGGUCCAGAAUUUCAUCGAAGAGACCAACGAGAAGCAACAAUCCGGUGCUGUCAGGUGUAGCCGGAACCGCUGCAACUGCUUCAAUCGUAACUGCAACGAAGGCUCGGAAGACGAAAUGGAUGGUUUCAGCUUCGGUGACUCCAAUCUCACUUCUUCUGGGGAAUCACCUGAAAUUCUAAAGCAGAGUUUGGUUUCUUGUGCUAGUGUGAAUGAAAGGAAUUUGUUGGCGGAUACAGCAAAGAUUGUGGAGAAUAACAAGAUCUGUAAACGCAAAGAUGAUUUUUGCAGGAAAAUUGUUACUGAUGGAUUAUUAGCCCUUGGAUAUGAUGCUUCUAUCUGCAAAUCUCAUUGGGAAAAAUCCCCCUCUUAUCCCGCUGGGGAAUAUGAAUAUAUUGAUGUGAUAAUUGAAGGGGAACGAUUGCUGAUCGACAUUGAUUUCAGAUCAGAAUUCGAAAUCGCCCGAUCAACAAAAGCUUACAAAUCAAUCCUCCAAAUGCUUCCCUUCAUCUUUGUAGGCAAAACUGAUCGUCUUCAGAAGAUAAUUGCUAUUGUUUCCGAGGCUGUAAAGCAAAGCCUAAAGAAGAAGGGAAUGCACGUCCCUCCAUGGCGAAAAGCUGAGUAUGUCAAGGCCAAAUGGCUCUCUCCUCAUAACCGAACCACGCCUUCUCCUUCGCCCACUGUUACACCCACACCCACAAUUGAAACACCCAAAGAAGUUGAAUUAGAAACCAAAGCUAAAGAGAAAACCCAACCUGAAUUGAACCCCGAAAUGAAAAACUCAGUUGAAGAUUCUGAGUUGGGGGAAUCCAUAUUUGCUUUCUCUGAUAGCUCUGAAGAAGGGAAGGAAGAGGAGAAAGAAGCAUGGAAGCUACCUGAGAUAAAACCCAAGAAUUCACUAAUUGGGGUUAAGCUAGUGACUGGUUUGGCUUCAGUAAUAGAAGAUGAACCAAUAAAAUUUUGACUUUUUUUUAAUUUUCCCUUCUUUUUUUGCACCCUUUUGGGUUAUUAGAGAAUCAAAUACUAUGGUACAUGACUUACCUGUUUGAAUCCCCUUCUGUUUUUUUAUGUAAGGGUUGAUCUGAUAAUAUGAAAUAAAAUUUUUAUAAAAACAGUAGUUAAAAGUUUAAACAUUAGAGUUCAAAAAUCUUCUGUAAAAUCUUCGAGGAAGCAUUGGAAAUUCAUAUAUUCUUCUUGGGGUUUUUUUUUUUUUUUUAAUUUGAUUUUUGCAGUGACCUUGUGGAAUCAAUUCAAAGCAUGGCAUAGAAGAGGAAAAUGGAAUGGAACUGAAUUUUAUGCUGAUGGAAACAGGCUCGUGCAGUCUCGAACACAGUGAGGUCAGGUCUAAAACUUAAUAAUUUUUUAAUUUUUUUACUUGAAAGACUUUCACCUGAUGCUCUGCUGUGUCUUCUUCUUCAUCCAUAUUUUUAUUAAUGUCAUUAAAGAAUCUAUUUUGUUUUUGGAUUGAAUAGUUCUCUAGGUUCAGUGUGUGGCCUGAAAACCUCUGUUUUAUUUUAUUUUUUACUACUUUAAGCUCUGUUUGUUACCCACAGUUUUGGUUUUGAUUGAUGGACUUAAAAAAAUAUAUUCCAAUUUUCCUUAUUA